GGGUAAGUUCUAUCCUGACAACAGCGAAAACAAACGAAAAACCAACUGCUGCUAUUCGGUGGAAUUCGGAAUUAUUAAACGAUAUUUGUCCUCAGAUAUAUAUCAAGAUGACCACACCAAGAGAAGCUGAAGCAAAUGAGUAUCUCGAUGCACACAGGAUACCCGAGUUGUUUCAUAAUAUCACCAGCCAGCUUGUGUUUCACAGACCGGAGAAUCCAAAGGCUUUUAUGAUCGACUACAUCAGUAAGUUGAAAGAAGGACGUACAACCCAAAUGAACUAUCCAUGUCUCUUUGAUGAUACCAACAUCGAUUCUGUAUUUGGCAUGCUUGACCCUACAAAGAAAGGUCAUAUCACACUUGAGCAGUAUCGAGAAGCGAUGAAAACCAUGGGCUGUCAGAACUUUGAUGAAAGGCCGACUGGAGUAGACCGUGGACAAGUCACGGCAGACAUCUUUGCAAGAGAAGUGAAAGCUGGUUUAAAGAAGGCAUCUGCAACAUUUGAGCCUCUGAUCUAGAACUGCAUUCGAAAUGGAGGUCCCUGUCAGACAAACAGAAAAUGGUUAUUCCAAGUAAGAACCUGCAGGCAGGCUUGAACUUAAAUUACACUAUAAAACCUUCUACUUCACCGAUCAUCUAUGACAUCCCGAGUCACGGUGUUGAAGUAUGGCAUUCUUAAAAUGAACACCCUUUCUUAAUGAAAGAAAACUAUGGCAUGAGGUUUGCAUGGUUCUUGAUGGUACUUCAGGAUCAUAAAACCAGCAGAAAAGUCUACCUGCUUUGAUACUGGCUGGGCUUGGAUUUACACUCAGUAACCAAGGUACUUGCGAGGGCUUAUUUCCAAUUUGUCCACUGCCAAAUCAUCCAAUUGCCAUCUCGUCUACUGUCAUUUGGUCUACCAUCAGUUCGUCCGCUAUCCACAUGGUCUAAUUGCCAAUUCAUCCACUCACCAUUUCAUCUAAUAACCAGUUGAUUCAAUAGCCAUUUAGUCCAUGUACCAUUUGGUCUAAUUGGACUAAGUGUUAAUUGUGCAAAAUGAGUGAAAAUGAAAUGGCUAUUAGACCAACUAGUUAUGAGACGAAAUGGUCACAGACAAAAUGGUGAUUAGACAAAGUGAUGAUUUGACCAGAUGGUUAUUUGAACAAAUGGUUGUUAGACUAAAUGUUGUUGGACGGAAUGGCAUUAGACUAAAUGAAAGUAGACCACGUGGUGAGUGGAUGUGUUGGCAGUAGACGAAUUGGCAAUUUACCCUUGUGAGUUGUGAGCCUCACCCUAUUCGUUCCUGUUUUAUUCAACAAGUCCACUAUUCAUCUACUUUUAUUCAUAAACUUCAAUGCACUGCUUUGGAGUAACGAUUACUCUUGUUUUAGUUAAUUAAUUUUAUUUUAUUUCAUUAACAAGAGAAAGACUGUUUACUAGUAUUAAGUGAAUUAUUCAGAAAUUAUUCAGUCAAGUCAUGCUUCAUUUAGUCGAUUUUUAUGGAGAGUGCUUGAAAAAGAAACCAUCUUAAAGGGAUGUUGUAACAGCUACACCCAUCAACAAUACAUAAGACCCCUGUUGCAUAAAAGUUAGCAUUAUUUUUACUACUUCUACUACAUUACUACAUUUGUACUAUAUAAUUAUGACAGUUGCUGAUAUUAAUGGCAGGCCUGCCAACUUCCUUUUUUUCCAGGAGUAACCCCAAAAAAGAGGAGCACUGCGUUUUUUCCAUUUAUUUAAGAUAAAAAAUAAUUCAGCCCAUAUAUGUAUUUGUGUGGUGGGGUAUGGGUGUGUGUAUGGAUGAAAGAGUAAUAUAGUUUUUCAACACUUGUAAUUUGUCAAUGUUUAAAUAUAAGAAUCCUGAACAUGUCUUAAAGGGGAAUCCAGCCUUGGCCAUAAAAUGUUGUGUUGGGAAGGAGAAAAAUAAAUUAAACAGAAUGGUGAAAGUUUGAAAGAAAUCGGACAAGCAAUAAGAAAGUAAUAGCUGUUAUAAAAUUGAGAUCACUAAUACUAUGUAGAUUUCAAAUUGGCAACUGGGGAAGUAAAUUAUGACAAGGGGCAAGGACAACUUUCCCAUAGGCCAUGUACUUUAUUAUCAGGGAUUUGUGGUUUUCUCCUAAGUACCCAUUCCCCUGGGGCAGUAAUCUAAAUAUAACCCAGGUAGUAUAUUGUUUUAUGUCCUCAUGAAAGAAAAAUAUAAUUUGAAAUAAAACUUUUAGGAAAAAUGACAUUUUAGCCAUAAUAUGUAUUGGAGUACAUGAAAGAGUAGUCCUUGCCUUACAUCACUAUGACAUCCCAUAUGCGGCCAAUUUGAAGUCUCCAUGGGUAUAGUGAUUACCAAGAUUUACAACUUUUAAAAAUUCAUAACUUUCUUGUUGUUUGUCCAAUAUUGUUCAAACUUUCACAUAUCAACUUGUCAGAUUUGUCUUUUCCUUAUAAAAACAAGUUUUCAUUUGGGUUGGAUUUCCCUUUAAUGAUUUAAAGAAGUGAGGUAUACUCACCUGACAUCAAUAAAAAAAAACAUCAAGUAAGCUGCGCGAUUAGGAAUCCUUUUUUUUUUCAUUUUCUAAUGUUGGCAGGCCUGUAAUGGUAAUUAACAAAAAAAAAAUAAUAAUAGGUAUUUGUAUAGCGCCAUCUAUCUAGGAACGAUCUAUUCCGAGGCGCAUUGUUAUUAUUAUUACCCCGGCUUUCAAGGAAUUAAUCCUGCCGGGUAACCAUUCACCUCACCUGGGUCGAGUGCAGCACAGUGUGGAUAAAUUGCUUGCUGAAGGAAAACACGCCAUGGCCAGGAAUUGAACCCACGACCCUCUGUUUGAAAGGCGAGAGUCAGAACCACUAGACCACGACGCACCCACCAUUACCAUGAUAGUAGGGCUCAGCAGCCAUCAAAACCAAGGUUAAGGAUUGUAAAGUUUGUUACCAUAAUGGUAAAUUUUGUGCAACAGGACACCGGAGGGGGGGGGGGCUGUUCAUCAUCCAUGAAAGUAGAAAAAUGUGUUAAAUGAUUGCUUUUUUAUCGUUUUGUGAACAGGAUGCAUAUUGGGUUUCUAACGGGAUCUGAUAUUUUGAUUGAAUGGGCCAGUUCCAUCAGGUUAGAAACAUGUAGCAUCCUUGAACGUGAUAUGAAAGAUACACCAACAAUACGGUACAAGGAUGUUUUUCUUGAUAGUAACAAGUUUGUUUUUAGUCUUGGCAGUUAUUUUAUCAAUCAUAUGAUAUGUUUCUUUUUUUUUUUCACUGUACAUAAAUGUUAGGAGGAAUUCCUAAUUAUUAUAGUUUGUAAAUAUGUUGUAAAUAUUUAAGACUGUAUUAAUCUAUCAAUGAAUGUCGUUAUUGAAAACUUUUCCUAUUUAAAUAUAA